GCGGAAACACAUUGUAAACUAUUUUCAUCGGAGAAUUAAAACUGCCGGCGGCGAAUGAGAGAUGCGCAGAAGCUACGCCGCCGAUCUGGCAACUCUUGGUUUGGUGGUGGUAGGUAUUGAUUCGUGUUGAGAUUCUCCAGUUAGUGUGUUAAGAGAUUAGAUUAGUGUGAUCUGUAGAUGAAGCAGAAGAUUUCACUUACAUAUGGAGCUAACGAUUGGUUUACAUGUGUGGUUUUUGUGAGAAUUAGUGAGAGGGUUUUGUCUUUGUUGAUGGUGGAUCAUGGUGGUGUUAAUGAUACAAGUUGAAUGAGUAAACCCUUUUGGCUUGGUUUCUCUCUGUUGAGUGCUCGCAUUUAUUAAUAAAACCUUUUGGCUUACUAAUACAUUAAGUCAAUAGAGUAUCUGCUUUAUACCAGCCACUGUCCACUGAAUCUGUUGCGUUCAAUCAUCCCUGAGACAUUUGAUGUAGUUACCAUUUUCAAGCCAGUUAAAGGCAGCCACGGUGAGAUACUAUAUUUGCUCUGUGAAGUUGGUUGGUUACUUGUAUCUAUUUGUGAUAAGAAAGCUUCAAGAAAGGAACAUUGUUUGUCUUGCUUGUGGUUGGUUGAUAAGAACUCAAGUAUAUGAUCAGAAGACUGUUUAAUAUUAGAAGAUGUAUAUACCACUCAGUCAGGUGAAUAAGCAUAUGCAGGGUUGUCACGUUAGUGUUGACGGGAGGCAUAUCACAUCCUUCCCUUUCCAGACUGGUUUUGCACUUGAGGAUGCUGUAGAGAUCACAGCACAAAACGAUACAGUUUUGUCUUCAGGCUCAGGAAGUGUCAAGCCCAUAAAGCCCAAGGCCCGUCAACAAGAGUCAAAGAGUCUUCAACGUCUACCUGCAAGAGACAAGAAAGUAUUAGCAGAGGAUGAAGGACAUAGUACGACAGUGACAUUGCACAAUCGAUUCAAGGUGUUGGGACCAGUUGAUGAAGAUGAUGCCACAUAAUCUCUCACAGCUGGUUGA